AUGGUGUGGUUUGGUCGUACAUUACAGUACCAACCAUUUACUGUCCAUUGUGACAUGACAGACAAAAACGGAGUUGGCGUGACAGUUGUUGGUCACGACAGUGAAACCAGGACUCUCGUUAAUGGCUAUGAAUCUCCAGGAAGCUAUGUACGUGAUAUUCAUUACAUAGCAGCAGGCCUGACAAGCGGUGCACAAUUGUUUGGUCUUCUGGACAUCUCUACACAUUGUGAGCAGUUUAUCAAGUACGAAUGUCAUCAUGCUGUCUUAAUGUAUAUGGGGAACCCGGAAACAUGGUGGGUCUCACGUGACUACGUUCAAAUGACGUACUGGGGAGGGGCAACCCCUGCGGAUUCCUACAAGUGCGCAUGCGGGGUGACCAGUUCAUGUACAGACAGCAGCCGAGAAUGUAACUGCGACAAAAAUGAUGAAGUGUUGCGCGAAGACAGCGGUCUUCUUACUGAAAAGUCUCAUCUCCCAGUUUUACAGCUGAGAUUUGGAGAUACAGGCGGUUCACAAGAAUAUGGUUACCACACGCUUGGGAAACUCAAGUGCUAUGGGAUAUCUUAAACAUGGAGGAAAAAUUCCUCCAUUCUCUGCCCUCUUUCAAGUGUUGAGAAGGUACCGUUCUCCGUCGUUAGGUAGAUGAAGUAAAACAUUUUUUCUACACCUAACAGAGUUUUCUGAAAACACAACAAGCAAGAUUUGCAGUUAUUUGAGUGAGAAAGGGCCAACGGGCACAUACUUUGCGCCGGACAAUCUCGACAAUCACAGUCGCGAAGGAAAAGGAAAAGAUAUAAAGAAAGAGCAUGGAGGAGAAAGGAAGAGAAGAGAGAAAAGCAAUAGUUGCACUCUUAGUUUCUAUAUUGGCUACUUUCAAAAUGUCCGAAAAACAAACUUAUUGAUGGGAAACGUCUAUUUGGUACCAGCCAAAGCACGGUGCCUACCUACACUUGGUGACCGAGCCUUUCAGUCGGAAACUCCUCAGUGGCACAGUCUUCCGGUGGAGAUCAGAAACACUUUGAGCCUUACAUCUUUUAAAAGAGCCCUCUAAAAGUGGCUUUUAAUUGACCUGAUUAAUUAGAUACGAGUUUUAUCUCUCAAACACUCUUAGUUUUGUACUUUUGUAUCUUCAUUGUUUUAAUUUGUAUUGCGUAGAUGAAAAUAUUUGUAUGGUACAUGCACAAUAUAAGUUUCAUAUUUAUAUAAUGGAAACUUUAUUUGUGUUUUUGAAUGUACAAUUGUAAAUCUCGCUACGUAUAGGCAAUUUACAAAUGCCUCUUGAGAUUGGAUUAUUCAACUGAAAAGAAAAGAAAGAAAGAAAAAGAAAAGAAAAGAAAUCAAAAUUGCAUUAAGUCUGGGCUAACCUAAUUCCUAUUUCUACAACAAAUGAUGUAAUAUAUUGCUCUGAGGGCUAUAUUUAUCAUUUUCUUGAUUAUAUAAAGUUGCUGCUUUUUAUCAAUGCCAAUGUCAUUCAUCACGACUAAGAACGAGGAGCAUUCAUCGGACAAAACGCCAAGGGAGCUCAUGGAGAGAUUUACAAAUUCCACACAUCUGUAAUUUCUACUCAUUUCUUUGAUAAAGUUCAGAUAUUUUUCUUUUUUCGCACUGCAUUGUUAUAUAAGGUUAGACUCGAAACCAAUUGUUAAUUCUAGAACAUAUAGGCACUUCGACUACUACUACUACUACUACUACUACUACGACGACGACGACGACGACGACGACGACGACGACGACUACUACUACUACUACUACUACUACGACUACGACUACGACUACGACUACGACUACUACUAGGUUUUUCUUAACGCUAACUACGUAUUUUUUAAGCAUUAUUUCCAUAAGAAAAGAAAAGAGGUUUGUCUCAAAACAAGGUCAACCUUAGCCUCACGUCCAGUCAAAGGCUAGGAUACUAAGCCCACAACUUUAAUGGUCCAUCAACAUCCUUUAGGCAGCUGAAAACUACAAAUGAAUGCAUUUGGAAUGUCUCUCCUAAUUAUUUUUUACCUUAUAAAUUUUUCUAUAGUUGCGGUUGUUAUUGAACCGAACAAUACUGUCUUUCGUUAUCAGAACAUGCCCGUUUCGUACGGGCAUUUUGAAGUGUACUUUUAUAGCAUCUUAGAGUCAAGAAAACUAACUUCAUUCUUUGUGGAAAAACAAUCUGAGUGUCCAUUCAAGUGCGUCAAUGAUCUAAAAUGUUAUUCAUGCAACGUAGCUGUUUAUCCUGUUCCUAAAGGACUUCACCUUUGCGAACUACUGACCGCGGACAAGUACAGGGCAAAAACGAAGUUUCACGUUAACGCCUCAUUUCAUCAUUACAGUCUCUUGGUGAGUUCAGUUGUCUGAUUUUACCUAACAAUUUCAUCAGUUCGAUAAUAAUUUCUCUCCUUAAAACAAUGCAAAUGGUUAAAAGCCAAAGAGGUAUUUGUAGUAAGUUCAAAACCCUGAUUUUCUUUACAGUGUUGGUUCUAUGUAAAAUUAGGAAGGUAGCGUGAGUCUGUAUAGAUUAUUUUGGCGUACUAUUUUAAAAAAUAAACAAAAACAAUGAAGAACUAAGCCAUGGAAUUGCAAAAAUGUUCAUUAUAGUUCUAUCGGCCAUCUUCUGCUUUAAUUGCCAUUGAAGCGUUUUGACUGUAUCGAUUUUCCGUGAUUAAACAUGAACUUAAAACACAUUUCUUUGCUUUGGGCUUAGUAUUUGUUGAAAAAAAAGUUUUUUAUGUGUUGUUAUUAGUGAAAACAAAUGUUAGUUUUUUUUGUUUUCUUCAUUAAAUUAGCGAGUCACAGUAUGAUCCUAAAGGUAAUUUUCCGUAUCCAAAAAAGAACAAAGAAUUAGUUGCAUUGUGCUGUUGUUGGUGAUGAACAUUAUUUUGACAACUUGCUUGGCCACAGUACAGAGCCUAAAUGGAGCAAAUGCGGUUAGGUUAUGUAAAACCAUAAAAAAAGUUUAUCCUCCCCUUAGUGUAAUAUUAGGAAAAAAAACCCCUCACCCUUGGUCGGGUAAAAAAGUAACCCGCGAAUGUCAUUAGGGACCUUCAGCAACUACGACGACGACGGCAGUGAAAACAUCACUAAAAAAAUGAAUUUGCGUGCUUUCAAACUUUAUGGCGUCUAUUUGGAUCAAUUCAAUUCGUCAAAUGUAGGUGACAAAUUUGGAGUUGAAUUCUCAAGGGCUUUACCCAUGUUAAAAUAGAGAAAGGAAAAUUUGUCGUCAUAUGUCCACGUUCUCCAUAUAACGUGGCAUUAGGAGGUUUCACGUCGCAGUCGUGCAGUGGACGUAAAAGAAAUGUACUAAAACAGGACUGCUGGAUCCAGACCUCCUUGAGAUAAAGGGGGACGCUCAUCCAGACCCUUAGAAAAGGGGGGGAGGGACAGUCUCCCAAAAAAUUUUAUUUCGGUCCCCCGGGCCUCAGGUUGAUCUACAAAUAAGGGUGGGGGGCGGGGGGUCCCCUGGAUCGGCCACUGGCGCUGUUGUUUUGAUCAUAAAAUCAAUUGUUUUUUGACGUUGUUGUUGUCGUCGUCGUCGUAGUUGCUUACGGUCCCUAUUUUGAAUGAGCCAACAUCGCUUGUUUAACGUAACUUUUAAACGUCCUGUAUCGUUCGCUAAUGGCUCUUACAGUGCGACCACUCGAAACGAGGCCACCCAGAGAGAAUUUCGGAAUAAAAUUUGAAAAUGGCCAAUCACAAGUCGAGAUCUAAACAAUGAAAUUGCGCAUAAUUGUACUCAGAUCUUGAGCCAGUUUAAAUACGUUGCCAACCAUUAAUUUUUCCAAAACAGUGAGGUAAUUGAGUCUAAAAUGAUGAUUUUUAACUCAUUAAUAACGGAAACGGUUGCAACUUUAGCGUGUAUGUUACCGAGCGGCUACCACGUUUUAUUGCCGAUAAAUAUAAAAACUUUUGUAGGCGUUUGCUUAGCUGUUGCAGAGACAUUUCUUUAAAAAGAGCUGUAAAUUCUUUCUGUAUUUGAAAUCAUUCUGUAAAACCAAAUGAAACCAUUCAUUUAGUUAUUUAUGAACAUUUCAGCUAUAAAAUAUAUAAGGUAACGCAAGACUUCCGUUAAUUUGCAUUGGUAAAGAAGAAAUUUUUUCACCCCUUUAAUCGACAAAUUCAGGUUAAACAGACAAAACUUUACCUCUGAAAACUGCCAAACCGGAUUUUGUCGCCUUGUUCGUGUAUUUCGGGAACAGCUUCUUCGUUUAUUUGUGAAAUGUCAUCGUUUGUUAUGGCAGCAAACAGGGAAGCUGUUUUCCUCCCUAACUUGCACGUUUGGCAUCCCUCGGAACCUGGAGAUGAAUCAGUGAAUUGCACUGGAUAUUUCGAGUUCGAGUAGCCAAUCAGAGCGCACAGUAAAAAACACUAUCCACUGUUUUAGUAAAAACUAAAUUCAAUUAGCAAGAAUUAGUUGACUUUGUAUUCCAAUACUAGCCUGCGUAGCAGGAGCUUGGAAGUAGUGGGUGAAAGAGAGAACGGACGCGCGCGACGGAGACACGCGAGGGAUGUCUCCUCGCGUGUCUCCUUCUCGCGUGCCCAUUUUUUCUUGUGCCCACUACUUUCAAACGCCUGCUACGCAGGCUAUUCCCAUACAAACCUUUGAUUUUCCCACCAUCUCGUCCUGAUUACCCAUCAUGCCGUUACAAUCUCGUUCCCAGGGUUCUCUCCUACGAUAAAAGAAAGCCUGAACUAAUUCACAGUCUUAACGGUAUUCGAACCCCAAACUCUGCAAUACCGGUGCUCGCAGUUGGCUUGCUAGCUGCAUUGAUUAAAACACUGCAACAGGAUUGCAGAGUUCAGGGUUCGAAUCCUGGCUUCUCGCUGAAUUCUUUCAGGCUUUCUUUUUGCAACUGGAUAAGUUGCUUCUUUAACUGCGAGGACCUUCUCUUUAUUUAUUUCAUCACUCUGCGGUUGAAAUAUAUGAAAUUCAUUUUAUUCAUCUUUUGAUAAUGAGCAAGUUAGUCAAUCAGCUUUAGCGUAGCCAAGAGAGGAUAAAUGAAGUUGGGUAGUAUAUCCGCUUCAUUCCAACUUCCAAGACUAAAUUAUUCCGAGAUCAUCAAGUUGAUCUCCACGAAACAGAUCUCCUUGAAAAUGCAAAUUCCUCCAAGAAAAAAUAUUAUUUUUUAACCUGGUUGCUUUCCUUUCUAACUCAGACUCCUUGCAAACAAGAACCUUGUGGGGACAAUGGUGACUGUUUUCCUGAGUUUCACCUUAACACUUACAGCUGCAAAUGCCAUCUGGGUUUUGCGGGAGUUCUCUGUGAAAGACGAGGUAACAAAUGAGAACCGUUUUGUAAUUUCAAUAUCGUUUUACAAAAGGGAUAGCUAUUCUACUUAGUAACGUUAUGUUUCGUUGUAUUAUAUGUACUUCUUAUUGGUCGAGUUUGAGGUCCGUGUUAAGAAAAACCCCGAGGAUACGUAAUUUACAGUUUGAACAAAGAAACUGAGGCUAAUAAGAUGUUUAUUAUAUAGCGUCCUGUUUGGUGGAACCUGAAACAAGUCGACAGGACAAGCGAUUUAUUUGACGUAAAAAGAAAUUGUUUUAUUGCCUCUAGAAAAACAAUAGCAAAUAACUAACCAGGCUUUCUAUUGAAAGUGAAAUGCAAAUGCGAGGAAAGUCUUUAAUCGGCGAUCAAAACCAGGGGCACUGUAAGUUUUGAUAGCUGUCCAAUGUAUGCUGGAGUCUUUUUAUAACUGGAUACUGUGUAUUGCUUUAAUUCUCUUCCAUCUUUCUUUCUUCGGUCUUUGUUAAACACUUGAAAUGGCAAAAAAGCUUGUGUAGACGAUUAGGUGCCUGUUCUUUAGUUACGGUGGCUGAACACAGUUUUGAGGGUGGUCAGCUGUAACUUACGUGACGGCGCGUGUUUUAAGUUAAACAAUCAAACAUGGCAGCGAAAAAGUAAUGGUACACAGAAGACGAUUUCUCAAAAUUUACUCAUUAAAAUUUUGUGAUAUUUGGCAGAAUUUUUACUUUUAUCGUAUUUUAAAUGUUGAGGACUUUAAAAUGGAAGUUUAAGAGACGAAUUUUGUGACACAUUUAAUAAUUAAAGAAAAAUUAUAUUAUUGAUUAUCUAAAAACCCGUCUGUUAAAAUUUGGUCAAAUAGGUUUCAAAUGGUAUUGAUUAAUUGUAGUAAGCCGUGUGCAAAUCUAUAGGAAAAUCUUAUGACCAAAUUUUAUGUAAACUGAGCAAAAGUGGAAUUUUAAAGUUGUAUUAAAUCGUUCAUGUUGCCAUGGAAACUAUGAAAACGUCGAAUUUUACCCGUCAAUCAAAAUUUUUCAUCAGUUUAUUACUCACUUGCCAAGUUUUAGCUUGUGAGCUGCAACCUUUCUCUUGACAUGAUUUGGCAAAUGACAUAUACUCACAAACUGCAAAAACUGUGUUCAGCCACCUAUGUCAAUGUACGCUAUGUAAUUGUGUGUUUUUUUAUUUACAUGUAUCUAACCAAAUUAGGUAAAACCUGCAGUGAAAUAAAACUGUACAGUCCACAAGCCACAAGCGGCUCUUAUGUUAUAGACCCUGAUGGAGAAGGAGGUUACGAACCUUUCACUGUUCAUUGUGACAUGACUGACAAGAACGGAGUUGGCGUGACAGUUGUCGGUCACGACAGUGAAACCAGGACUCUGGUCAAUGGAUAUGAAGGUUCAGGAAGCUAUGUACGUGAUAUUCAUUACAUAGUAGCAGGCCUGACAAGCGGUGCACAAUUUUUUGGUCUUCUGGACAUCUCUACUAAUUGUGAGCAGUUUAUCAAGUACGAAUGUCAUGGCACUGCCCUCUUGUGGAUGGGGAACCCAGAAGGAUGGUGGGUCUCACGUGACUACGUUCAAAUGACGUACUGGGGAGGGGCAACCCCUGCGGAUUCCUACAAGUGCGCAUGCGGCGUGACCAACACAUGUGCAGACAGCGGCCGUGGAUGUAACUGCGAUAAGAAUGAUGAAGUGUUGCGUGAAGACAGCGGUCUCCUUACUGAAAAGUUUCAUCUCCCAGUUUUACAGCUAAGAUUUGGAGAUACAGGGAGUUCACAAGAAUACGGUUACCACACGCUUGGGAAACUCAAGUGCUACGGAAUAUCUUAA